UUAUAUAUAUAUAUUCAGGUAUAACAAACGGUUUGGUGAUAACUACUUGGGAAAGUUGGCAUGAGUUUAAAAGAGGAAACACCUUUCCUCCUCCUCGCUCUUCCUCCUCCUACCUAGCUCACCUUGCCUUUCCUUCUGUUAUACAAAUAAAGGCAAAUCUUCAAAUGGACUGCUCAAUUUGUUGCUCUAUGCCAUUGAUCUUAAGGCCUCCAAGGAAUACCAUUUGCGGAGCAUGCUACGAGGGAGCUAAGAGCGUCAUCACCUUGAUGAACAAGCUUGAAAGUGAUGAAACAGCUGACAAGGCCACCAAUUCUCUACCUUCUUCGCCAAAUCCGUGUAAGCCUCAGCCACUUGCUAAUAUUCCAAGAUGGAUGAUUAGUAUGAAGGAUAGAGAAUCUGAACUGAAUGAGAAGAUAAGUUUUCUCAGUAGCUUUAUUGCCUUAUUUAAAGAUCAAAUUCUCACGGACAUACAACUCAAGCCUGGCAAUGAUGGGCCUUCCAUAUCUGCACACAGAGCAUUACUGGCAGCAAGAUCUGAAAUAUUUAAGAACAUGCUGGACUCAGAUGCCUACAAAGCUCCUGCAAGCGACACCAUAAUGCUCCCUGAAUUGAACCAUCAAGAGCUUGAGUCUCUAUUAGAAUUUCUUUACAGUGGAAACUUGCCUAGCGAAAAGCUGGAGAAGCAUGUCUACUCAUUGACCCUUGCAGCUGACAAAUAUGAUAUUCCAUACCUGCUCAAAUUUUGCGAAAGGCAUAUGCUCAGAUUCCUGAACUCAUCUAAUGCUCUUGACGUGUUAGAAAUCUCGGAUACAUGUUCCAACAAAACACUAAAGGAGACUGCCUUGAAUUUCAUUGUAAAAAACAUGGAGGAUGUAGUUUUUUCUACUAAAUAUGAAGCUUUUGUACCGGAGAACCCACAUUUAGCUGUGCAGAUUACGAGGGCUCUUUUGAUGGAUGUCAAAAAUAGAAGAAAUAGUGGAGUUUGAUCAAAA